AUGGCCACUUCCUCGCCUGAGCAGCCCAGGACUCUUUCACUCCUCGCAACCAUGGCGACUUCUACUACCACGGUCCCAGUCACGAAGGCAAACCAUCUCUGUGUUCUCGUUCACGGCCUAUGGGGAAACCCAGACCACCUCAAGUUUGCUAGCACCUCACUGCGCGAAAGGUACCCCGAAGACAAGUUACAUGUCCUGGUGGCGAAGCGCAACGCGGGCAACUUUACGUACGAUGGCGCUGACACCGGCGGGGAACGAGUUGCGGAUGAGGUGGAGCAAAAGCUGGAUGAGCUCGCCAUGGCUGGUCACGACAUAACGAAAAUUAGCUUUACUGGCUAUUCUUUUGGUGGACUGAUUGCACGAUAUGCAGUCGGCUUGCUCUACCACAAGGGACUCUUCGAGAGAAUCGAGCCAGUGAACUUCACAACAUUCGCAACCCCACAUCUCGGAACACGAACGCCGCUCAAAGGCUACCAUAGCCACCUCUGGAAUGUACUGGGAGCGCGAACGCUGUCGAUGAGCGGGAGACAACUGUUUGGCAUCGACAAGUUUAGGGACACUGGCCGGUCACUUCUCUCUAUACUUGCAGAUCCAGAGAGCAUCUUCAUCCAGGCGCUUGCGAAAUUCAAGCAUAGAAGUCUUUACGCGAAUGUCGUUAACGACAGGACAGUCACGUACUACACUGCAGGCAUCUCACAAACCGACCCAUUUGUGAAACCGGAACUGGUCAAAAUCAAUUACCUACCUGGAUACGACAAUGUUAUUGUUGACGGAGAAAACCCAGUCUCACCAAAGGAGCUCGAGCAACCACAGGCCUUCGCACAACGCCUCACGUCUGGAACGCAAACGAUACUAGGGAGAGUGGCCAUGACAGCGUUCCUAGUUGUGUUCAUACCUAUUGGCUCAACUCUAUACCUGAUGAACAGCGCUGUACAACAUAUUCGUAGUAGUCAGCGAAUCCGCCUGCACUCCGAAGGCCGAGCCGGUAUUGAUGCAAGCCGGUAUCGCGUCCCAUUAAUGAUCAACGCUGCGCGCCAAAACGUUGAAGAUAUGUUCGAAAACGUAAACAAUGGUCAGGGCCAGGACUACCUGAGUGCAGGUAGCGAGGAAGUAGCAUCACCGACACAACCCUCUUCGCCAGGCUGGACACGCAAGCAAUUAUACUCUGACGUGACGUCGGUAGAGAAGCCUGGGAAAGAAGACAUGGUUCUUGAAUUUCCUACGCUGGCACUGACGCAGGAUCAGUUCAAGAUGAUCGAAGCACUCGAUGAUGUCGGUUUCAAGAAACAUCCCGUGUUCAUCCACAACCACCGACAUUCGCAUGCCGCAAUCAUUGUUCGUAUGGACAGAAAAGCCUUUGAUGAGGGAAGGGUCGUCAUCAAGCAUUGGUUGGACAAUUUUGAGCUUUGA